GUCACCGCUGCUGAGCACUGUUGACAACUUGUGCAGAUGUGGACCAUGCAAAGAAGGAGGGUAAACAAACGCAUCAUAGUCAAAAGUUACUCGCUAGGUAACACACCAAGAGAAACUUACUGCCCUCAGGAGCAGCAACGUGCACAUUGGGGGAUUUUCAAGAAGAGAAGACCGGCUCAGUGAUCCAUUUGACUGCCUGAAAUCAAAGAAGACAAGAUCACCCUCAAGAUGCCUGAGAAAGCUGGGCAAGUGAUGGAGGAAGAAGCAGAGACCUUCGCCUUCCAGGCUGAGAUUGCUCAGCUUAUGUCCCUUAUUAUCAACACUUUCUACUCAAACAAAGAGAUCUUCCUCAGAGAGCUCAUCUCCAACUCCUCAGAUGCCUUGGACAAAAUCCGAUAUGAAAGCUUGACGGACCCCAGCAGAAUGGAGUCCUGCAAGGACCUGAAGAUCGAAAUCCGACCUGACCUUAUCAAUCGCACCCUCACCCUCAUGGACACAGGUAUCGGCAUGACCAAGGCCGACUUGAUCAACAACCUGGGCACAAUCGCUAAGUCUGGCACCAAGGCCUUCAUGGAGGCUCUGCAGGCUGGGGCCGACAUCUCCAUGAUCGGCCAGUUCGGCGUGGGUUUCUACUCGGCCUACCUGGUGGCCGAGAGGGUGACGGUCAUCACCAAGCACAAUGAUGACGAGCAGUACCUUUGGGAGUCUUCCGCUGGAGGCUCAUUCACAGUCAAAAUUGAUCCUGGAGAGUCCAUUGGCAGAGGCACAAAAGUGAUCCUUCACCUCAAGGAGGAUCAGACGGAGUACUGUGAGGAGAAGCGCGUCAAAGAAGUUGUGAAGAAGCACUCGCAGUUCAUUGGCUACCCUAUCACACUUUAUGUGGAGAAGACAAGGGAAAAAGAAGUGGACCUUGAAGAAGGAGAGAAGGAAGAAGAAGUCGAGAAAGAGGCCGCUGAGAACAAGGACACUCCAAAGAUCGAAGAUGUCGGCUCUGACGAGGACGAGGACUCCAAGGACGGCCAGAACAAGAGGAAGAAGAAGGUCAAGGAAAAGUACAUGGACGCUCAGGAGCUGAACAAGACCAAGCCUAUCUGGACCCGAAACGCUGAUGACAUCACCAAUGAAGAGUAUGGAGAAUUCUACAAGAGUCUCACCAACGACUGGGAGGACCACCUGGCUGUCAAGCAUUUCUCAGUGGAGGGUCAGCUCGAGUUCCGCGCCUUGCUCUUUGUGCCCAGAAGAGCUUCAUUUGACCUCUUUGAGAACAAGAAAAAGAGGAACAACAUCAAGCUUUAUGUGCGCAGGGUCUUCAUCAUGGACAACUGUGAAGAGCUGAUUCCAGAGUACCUCAAUUUCAUUAAGGGUGUGGUGGACUCCGAGGAUCUGCCCCUGAACAUCUCCAGAGAGAUGCUGCAGCAGAGCAAGAUCCUGAAGGUCAUCCGCAAGAACCUGGUCAAGAAGUGCCUGGACCUUUUCACCGAACUCUCCGAGGACAAGGAAAACUACAAAAAAUACUACGAGCAGUUCUCCAAGAACAUCAAGCUUGGCAUCCACGAGGAUUCACAGAACAGGAAGAAGCUGUCUGAGAUGCUGCGCUACUACACCUCCACCUCUGGAGAUGAGGUGGUUUCCCUAAAGGACUACGUUUCUCGCAUGAAGGAGAACCAGAAACACAUCUACUACAUCACAGGCGAGACCAAAGACCAGGUGGCCAACUCCUCUUUCGUUGAGCGCCUUCGCAAAGCCGGCCUGGAGGUCAUCUACAUGAUCGAGCCCAUUGAUGAGUACUGUGUCCAGCAGCUGAAGGAGUACGACGGCAAGAGCCUGAUUUCAGUGACCAAGGAAGGCCUGGAGCUGCCUGAGGAUGAUGAUGAGAAGAAGAAGCAGGAAGAGCUCAAGAACAUGUUUGAGAACCUCUGCAAAACCAUGAAGGACAUCCUCGACAAGAAGAUUGAAAAGGUCACAGUCUCCAACCGCCUGGUCUCCUCCCCCUGCUGCAUUGUUACCAGCACCUAUGGUUGGACGGCCAACAUGGAGAGGAUCAUGAAGUCUCAGGCCCUCAGGGAUAACUCCACCAUGGGCUACAUGACAGCCAAGAAGCACCUUGAGAUCAACCCCAUGCACCCGAUCGUUGAGACCUUGAGGGUGAAGGCAGAUGUUGACAAAAACGACAAAGCUGUUAAGGACCUGGUCAUCCUCUUGUUCGAGACCGCCCUGCUAUCUUCAGGAUUCACACUGGACGACCCGCAGACACACGCCAACCGCAUCUACAGAAUGAUCAAGCUUGGUCUUGGCAUUGACGACGAUGACUCCGCAGUGGAGGACAUCAUCCAGCCUGCCGAUGAAGACAUGCCAGUCUUGGAAGGCGACGAGGACACAUCAAGAAUGGAGGAAGUCGACUAAAAAAAAAAUGACACUCGUGUCUCUUUCCUGCUUUGUUAAUUUUUAUUUUUGUAAGAUAUGUUGCGUCUUCAAACUGACAUUGCAUCCUCACACACCUCGAGGAGUAUUAACGAGUCAAUAGGAGUUAAUCCGUGGAAUUAUGGAGGCCACAGUGUGGUUCAGUCCUCAUUUUAUCAGUUGCUUACAUAUGGAACUACUGGCAGCCAUUAAGAGUCAUAAAAAGUCACUGUGGAUUUUACUUAUGUCUCUUUUUGUUACAGGCACAUUUUUU